ACAUUCUGCAAACGCAGCCACUAAUCCGAUUCUUCUUGGCUAAUGUCGAGUGUGCGCCGGAACGAACUGUGAUAUACUUAUCAACGGCUUUUGUAAACAAUGUAUUUGUAAUUAAGACCAAAUUGCCGAGAUAUUCUGCUGUGCUGUGUCAAAUUUUUGUGAUAAUCAACAAUAUUACGGAAAGAUCGUAUCGAAUACUGCCGUAAAUAUAGUCAUGGAUUCCGAAAAAAACGGAGUGCCUUAUUCGCAAAGUGGCGACAAAGAGCAGGAUGAGAAACUUUUGCAACCAUUCACAUACAUUCUUCAAGUGCCUGGAAAACAAAUUAGAGGAAAACUAGCCCAUGCCUUCAAUUACUGGUUAAAAAUUCCAGUAGAAAAGCUACAGGCAGUUGGAGACAUUACACAAAUGCUGCAUAAUUCCAGUUUACUCAUAGACGACAUUCAAGACAACUCCAUACUUCGUAGAGGCAUUCCAGUUGCACAUUCAAUUUAUGGAGUUGCAAGUACAAUAAAUGCUGCCAAUUACGUACUGUUUAUUGCACUAGAACGAGUAAUAUCUCUCAAUCAUCCAGAGGCCACUCAAGUGUACACGGAACAACUUCUAGAGCUUCACCGAGGCCAAGGAAUGGAAAUAUAUUGGAGAGAUAACUUCAUUUGUCCUUCAGAAGCUGAAUAUAGGACUAUGACUAUUCGCAAAACGGGAGGACUAUUCAACUUGGCCGUUCGUCUGAUGCAACUUUUCUCAGAUUGUAAAGAGGACUUCACACCAUUAGCUGGGAUAUUAGGUUUAUACUUCCAAAUAAGGGACGAUUAUUGUAAUUUAUGUUUGCAAGAGUAUACGGAAAACAAGAGUUAUUGUGAAGAUCUUUCCGAGGGAAAAUUCAGUUUUCCGAUCAUUCACGCUAUACAAAGCAACGCAGAUGAUGGCCAAGUUUUGAAUAUUUUACGACAGAGAACAAAAAACGUCGAGGUGAAAAGAUACUGCGUCAAUUUAUUGGAUAAAUUUGGAUCCUUUGCUUACACAAGACAAAUAUUGAGCGAUCUUGAUAAGCAAGCAAGAGAAGAAGUCGAAAGAUUAGGAGGCAAUCCUUACUUAAUAGCUGUUCUUGACGAAUUGCUUGCUUGGAAAAAAGGCCAAAAUUCCUCAAGUGAAAUUUAAUCAUGAACUGUUGAAUAACAAACAUACGCUGAACUCAUGUUCCUAAUGAAGCGUUAUGUUUUUUAAAGCUAAAUAUUUUACGGCUUAAUUGUCAUGCGUUCAUCAAAGUAUGCAGACAAACGCUUCUUUCAGAAAGAAAUAAAAUUUGAAAAACUGUUGUUCAUGUAUCAACAAUAUAUAAAUUGAGAAAGAAAACACUUUUAAUAUAAUUCAACAGUUAUAAUAAUAACAUUUCAUAGUAUUAAUCUUUAAAAUCGAUAUACGCUCUCAGCUAUCACGUGUUAAACAUGCACUUGUGUUUAUAUGACAAUAUUAAAGUGAUUUCGCUUAACAUACAAAAGACAAUACGUAUUUAAUACAAAAAACAUUUCUAAUCUUAUAUAACAUUUCUACUUAAUGAAUAUAUUAAUGUUUUUUUUUAAAAUACUAUACUAACGUAAAACUAAUAAUUAUUGUAGUUCUCAUAUAGAAAUUGCUUAAACUGUUAAUGAUUAAGUCUCAGUAUACAUACAUAUUUGUGAAUAGUUUUAAUAAUGGUAUCAACGCUACUUAAAUCACGCACGAAGUAUGAAUUAUUUACAUCAUUUUAUACGAUUAUUUAAUUUACACGACCAAUUAAUUAAUAUAAUCAAAAUUAUUGUUUUAAAGAAUAUUGAUAAUUUUAUCGUGAUAGAUAUCCUAUAGGUAUAAUAAUAAUUGGCAACUAUGAAUGCAUGAUUGAAAAUAUAAUUUUUUUAGAACCAUUAAGGGCAUGCCACAGUCCUGUUUUAUCGACCCUAACUUAGAUUCCACUUUUUGUAAUGCAUAAGCGUUUAAAGAAACUUUUUGCAAUAAAUACUUAAAAUGUCCGUACAUUCAUAUCAACAUGCUUG